AAACAAGAGUCUUCUUCUCCGGACCGGGCAAUCUCUCUUGUUAAAACGUUUUUACUUCCGAGCUGGUCCGAACCCGAGGUGUACCUUCCGGUGCUCUCAUUAAAUCUGUCGAUUAUCUCCAAUCGACUUAACGAUGUCUCUGGCCGAAGAGCUCCUGGCCGACCUCGAAGAGGACGAACCAUCCGAAUCGAUCGAGGACGCGCUGGUGAAACCUGCCCGGCUCGCAGCACCUCUGAACGAUGAGGCUCCAGAAGAAAAUGUGGACGAAAUGGAGUUCGAAGAGGAGAAGAUGGAAAUCGACACAAAUGUUCGGAGCGUGAAGGAGAUUGCCAAGCUCCGAUAUUCAGAACAGCUCACCAACAUCCUCGCUGACAUACGGAGAAGAAAGCAAACGUCAAGAGGGACCGAGCUGGUAGGUCCGGUAGAAUCCGAUCCCGAAUACAAAUUGAUCGUGGACUCGAACAACAUUCUCGUGGAGAUCGACGACGACUUGCUGAUAAUCCACAAGUUUGCGAGAGACCAUUACUCGAAGAGGUUCCCGGAACUUGAAUCGUUGGUGCCGGAGUCAGCUGAUUACCUUCUGACAGUUCAAGAAAUCGGCAACGACCUCAGUCGGGUGAAGAACAAUGAUCGCUUGACUCAGAUCCUCAGACCCGCCACAGUGAUGGUUGUUUCGGUCUCGGCGUCGACCUCGCAGGGUCAAGCUCUGACUCCGCAAGAGCUCGAAAGAGUUCUGGAAGCCUGCUCGAUGGCGCAGGAACUGAACGACAUGAAGGCGGAAAUCUUCGAAUUCGUCGAGAGUCGUAUGAGUCUGAUCGCCCCGAACCUGAGCGUUCUGGUCGGCGCAUCGGUCGCCGCAAAACUCAUGGGAGUCGCCGGAGGCUUGACGAAGCUCAGCAAAAUGCCUGCCUGCAACAUCCAAGUAUUGGGGGCGUCUAAAAAAACGGUUACGGGAUUUUCGUCGACGACGAUGCUGCCGCACACGGGUUUCAUCUUCAACUCAGAAUACGUUCAAGGAUAUCCCUCGGACCUUCGUCGGAAAGCAGCCAAGCUCCUCGCAGCGAAGUGUUCCCUCGCCUCGAGAAUCGAUUCCUUCCAUGGGAGCCGUGACGGGAGCAUGGGCGAAUCCUUGCGGUCGGACGUGGAGAAAAAGUUGGAGAAACUCCAGGAACCUCCGCCGGUCAAAACCGUGAAACCCCUGGCCGCUCCGAUCGACAUCGCGCGCAAAAAACGCGGCGGUCGUCGGGUGCGGAGAAUGAAGGAGCGGUACGCUGUCACCGAGCUUCGUAAACAGCAGAACCGAAUGACCUUUGGAGAAAUCGAAGACGACGCCUACCAGGACGAUCUUGGCUUCACUACGGGCCAGGCCGGGAAACGAGGUGCCGCAGGAAAGAUCAGAACCGCGCAGGUCGACGAGAAGACCAAAGUCAGAAUCUCCAAGACUUUGCAGAAAAAUCUACAGCGGCAGCAGGUGUACGGUGGAUCCACCACAGUGCGGAAACACGUUGCAGGUACGGCGUCUUCGGUGGCCUUCACUCCUCUACAAGGUUUGGAAAUCGUCAACCCGAAUGCGGCCGAGUCCACCAAGUCUCAGGAGGGGAAGUAUUUCAGCAAUACGGCUGGCUUCCUCAAUGUGAAUAAAUAGACACUCCCCUCGAAUUGUACAUACAUAGAACGUUCCCGCUGUAACUUUCUUUCCCCUAUAUCGGAGUUUUUGCGCCUUUCGAAAGAGAAGAUUGCCGAGCCCGGCCUGUCGAGCCCGGGGGAUUAAUGGAGCCGUGGAAGGAACGAGGGAAACGA